AAUCAGUUUUUUGAUUGACCAGAGACCAGUGAAGAUUAGAGGUUGUGCAAAUUACAAGUGGAAAAGCAAACUAUAAAAUUCUUGUGCAAACAUAUUUGAAAUACAAGGUAUUUUCCGGCGUAUGAAAAUAGUUAAAAAUCAAUUUUCUUCCUUCGAACGAAACUAUGGGAUUGGAUACAUAUUAGAUCGCGCCCUUGCUAUUGUGUGUAGAAGUGUUUCGCACCGUAUUUGUUCUAAUGAUUAGCACAAGCUGAAAUUGCAACUGUCCUUGUCCUUGCGUGGGGAUAUCUGCAAACUUUCGGCAUUUUUGUAAGGAUGGAAGCUGUCGAUUCAGUGUUAGCUGCGGAAAUGUGUUAUAAUACGCCGUCUUCCAGUUCAACGCAUACGGGUGGAAAACGCCAGUAUGCAGAACAGAAGCACCAGCAGGAUAAUGACCGUACGGCGCGUGUGGCUUCCAGCGAUCCGAAUGAGGAUAACGAAGAUCCCGGUCGGUAUGCGUAUGCAGGCGAUGAUCCGCCUCCAUCCGAGGAGGAAAUCGGAAACAACAAUGGUAAUCCGGAAAACUUGCCAGAGGCGGUCGGUUAUAACUUGGAGGAGGUAUAUCAAACAGUUGACAGCCGUAAGUCGGCCGUUCAGUGGAUUAACGACGACGACGAAAUCGAGCGGCUCGAUCUGGCACUAUCGAUCGAUCCGGCAAACAUUGUGUUCAACAGGGUGGACAGUGCAGAUAUAAUUUAUCAGGCCAAGCGGAAAAAGUGCAAACUAGUGGGCAAGUACGUGAUGGGGGACGUACUGGGCGAGGGCAGUUAUGGUAAGGUGAAGGAAGUGCUGGAUUCGGAGACGCUCAGCAGACGGGCGGUCAAGAUUCUCACUAAACGAAAGUUGCGACGAAUUCCAAACGGAGAACAGAAUGUUCGAAGCGAGAUCAACCUGCUGAGGAAGCUGCGCCAUAAUAAUGUGAUUGAGCUACUGGACGUACUGUACAACGAGGAAAAACAAAAGAUGUAUUUGAUAAUGGAGUACUGCGUCGGGGGAUUGCAGGAGAUGUUAGAUUCAGCACCGGAGAAAAUGUUGCCGAUGCAUCAGGCGCACGGUUAUUUCGUACAAUUACUGGAUGGGCUGGAAUAUCUGCACGGGAUGGGAAUUGUUCACAAGGACAUCAAACCGGGUAAUUUGUUACUGACAUUGGACCACACGCUCAAAAUUUCGGAUUUCGGCGUGGCAGAGGCACUAGACGUUUUCGCUCCGAAUGAUGAUUGCACCACGGGACAAGGUUCACCCGCUUUCCAGCCACCCGAGAUCGCCAACGGACACGAAGUUUUUUCCGGUUUCAAGGUGGACAUCUGGAGCACGGGAGUUACGCUUUAUAACAUAACAACGGGAUUGUACCCAUAUGAAGGUGAUAAUAUAUACAAAUUAUUAGAAAAUAUAGGACGAUGCCAGUGGGUUGCACCCGAGUGGUUGGAGGAAAGGUUAGCAGAUUUGUUGACUAACAUUCUUCAAGCGGAUCCUCCAAAGCGGUUUAGUUUGCAGCAAAUUAGACAACAUGAAUGGUUCAAAUGUGUCCCGGUUGCUGUUGACCCUACCGUUCCGGUGCCUCCUCUCAAGGGAGAUUCCAUCCGACGUUCCACUGUUUUGCCUUAUCUAGAAGCUCAUCAUUACGAGACGGACCGGGAUAUGGGCAACGUGUACUUCACGGAGCAUGAUCUCAACGAAGAGAUAGCUCGCCAGGAACAACAAGAAAAUUUCCACAACACAGACCAGCAUCAUCACCCCCACAAUCGCCACCAUCACGAUCGUCAGUCGCAUCAAUUAAAUCUGCCCCAACAGCAGCAAUAUCAAAACAAUAGCAGUGCCAAUGCCAGCUUCUCCGGUGAAGGCGCUGGUGAUGCGGACAGCGGGCGACAGCAAGGGAAACUGCGCAAUUCCAGCCGGUCCCCGAAAGUUAGUUCGCGUCAUGCAGCGACCACCACGGCGGGCGAUUCUGGGUCUAGCAAGCGAACCCGCUCGCGGAAGCCUGUGUCCUGCAUAUCGUGGAAAAAGUGGCCCCACUGCCGACAAUCGUAAAGAGCUCUAUUGUCGCUUGCGAGUUCAGCAGCCUAUCUUGAUGCCAUUUGAAGUUCCCUAGCGGGUAGGAAAUUUUUGUUUUAGAAUAGUGAAAGAGCAAAGGAAAAACAGCAAAAACAAACGCAAUUUUUUAAUUUUCGGACUUAGCACUAUUAUUUUUGUGUAUUGACAACCGAUUGUUGCGGAUAGGUUUUGUUUUGUUUUGUUUUUUUGUAAAGGAAUAUUGGAAUGUAAACAAACGAUGCCUUGUUGUAGCUAGGUCAGCCGUCGAAAAAAGAUUUGAAAGAAGAAGGUGUUUUAAUCGAACGCGGAUUCCUUUUUUAAGCCUUCAACUUUUUAACGUUCCUUCGUGUCUUGUAAAUAAGUCAAAUUUUUGUAGGUAGAAUGAUUAAAAGAAGUAUUAUGCCUCUCAGUUUGCCUGAUCAGCCGCUUGUCCAGGCGGAACUAUUUUUUUUUACAAUGUUGCAUGCUGCUUUGAAGAGUGCUGGCGGUAAAACAAAUCGGUCAAGUGAUGAAAAAUUAACUUCAAAAUGAGCGGCACUCGUCUAUUCCAUUACCCACCGCAGAACCUGUUUUAGGCGCAGCUGAGCAUGCAAUUAAUCGACGGCCAAUUAAUUGAACUACUAGUCAUCAUUUUGCACACGAUAGCAUGAAAAAGGCAUGUUAGGAGAGUAGUAAACAAAAAAAAUUAAAUGAAAUUAUCUCACGAGCAUACCCAAAAGUAGACAGAAUAUCAUUUCAAAACAACCGUCUUCCUUGCCACUAAGACAUUUAAUAUAAUAUAAAAGUUCACAUCCGUAGUACAUUCUGGAGCGUAAAACGAACAUUGUAAAUAGGAAAAGAGAGAAGCGCCAGCCUUGGCAUACACUACAUAGUAGAAAAAGCAAAUCUAAUAUAUUGAAAAAGAAAAACAAAAUAAGAGGAUCAGCAUG